AUGAUUCCGAGGUUAGGACUAUUGCUCCUCUCCUCCUCUUUAGUAAUUCCCUCUUGGGCAGCGGAAACAAGAGCCUCUGAGUCUUCUCGACCUCGAGGCGUCAGUCCAGAAUAUGCAAAAUUCUACAAAAGGUCUUCCUCAGACACUUUUACAUGCAUCUCCAACCCAUCGAUAUCAAUCCCCUUCUCCCGCGUCAAUGACGAUUUCUGCGAUUGUCCCGACGGUUCAGAUGAACCUGGGACGGCAGCCUGCGCUUACCUUUCUCCUCUCUCCCCUCCACAAUAUCCCCCCGGGCCAGACACUCCGUCGACAGUCAUAAACGGCACGUUGGCUCUGCCGGGGUUUUACUGUAAGAAUAAAGGCCAUCUGCCUUCCUAUAUUCGAUUCGAGAGCGUCAACGACGGAAAGUGCGACUAUGAUUUAUGUUGUGACGGGUCGGACGAGUGGGACCAUGUUGGAGGGAUACGUUGUGAGGAUAAAUGCCAGGAAAUGGGGAAAGAGUACCGAAAGAAUGAGGAGGCUCGACAAAAGGCCCUGAGGGCCGCUUUGAAGCGGAAAAGCUCUCUGGCAACCGAUGCUGCACGAUUACGGCGCGAAGUCGAAUUGAGAGUCGAAUCCCUAGAGACCACAUUGCAGGGUCUCGAGGCCAAGGUCAAGGAGGCAGACGACAAUGUGAAGGAAGUCGAACGGAGGGAGAAGUUGAAAGUGGUUCGUGGAGAGGCGUCAGGCCAAGGAGGCGGUCAACUUGGUGUCCUUGUGAGUUUGGCCAGAUCUAGAGUGGAUGAGCUUCGCGGCUAUCUCGAGAAAACAAGAUCCCAAAGAGACUCGAUGCUCGAACGAGUCAAGGAAUUGGAGGGGCUUCUGUCUGCACUCAAGGAUGAGCACAACCCCAAUUUCAAUGAUGAAGGGGUCAAGCGGGCCGUUCGUGGCUGGGAAGACUAUGCUGCCCGAGAAACAGAGGAUCACUGGUCCGAAGCUGAGGAUCGGGAUUUAUCCGCCGUGUUGCAAGAAGACUCCGAAACAAACGGGAUUAACUGGGAAGAAUUUGAAAAUGCGCCACCUGAGCCAGAGUCUGAUGUUGCGGGCCUUUACCAGCUCAGUGCUUAUCUCCCCGAGUCUCUGAAAUUGUGGCUGGACGAGAAAGUCGCUUCCGUCCGCCAGAUGCUCGUCGAAAACGGAAUCCUUGCAGAUCUCUCUAGCCAAGGAUCUUCCGCUUCAGAGAGCAAGGCCGUGCAAGACGCGAAGAAGGCCCGAAGUGACGCCGAACGAGACGUCCGCAACACGGAGAAUGAUCUGAAACGACACCGCGAAGACCUCGACAAAGACUACGGACCGGAGAAUGGCAUAUUCCGCGCCCUGAAAGAUACCUGCAUAUCCCGUGACAGUGGAGAAUAUGAAUACGAGCUCUGCUUCAUGGCGCAGACAAAACAGAAGCCGAAGAAAGGCGGUGCCCAUACCACCAUGGGUAACUUUGUUGGCUUUGAUACGGAAUUCGUCGACGAAGGUGUCACGACCGAUGGCAAGGGCCUCGGCACCGGAGAUAGAUUGGUGAUGAAAUACGAAAAUGGCCAACAUUGUUGGAAUGGCCCAUCGAGGUCGACGAAAGUCAUUCUGGCAUGUGCGGAGAAGGAAGAGAUUUGGAAAGUCAGUGAGAGUGAGAAAUGCGUUUAUCGUAUGGAAGUGGGUACGGCGGCGGUUUGUGAGAGUGCAGGGAAAAACAAAGAAGAGCAGGCUGCCGGUGGGAAGAAGGAUGAAUUGUAA